AUGCAAGCGAGAAACCCUAACGUUAGGGUUUUUCCCAAAGUGGCUUCAUAUUGUAAUAUACAAAACACUCAUGCAAUUUCAUUCGUUCUAGUGUUGUUCUUCACUGCGACUUUAGCUCUCCGAACCGAAAUAGAUGCUGUUGAACAAUCAAAAACGAACCCAACAUCUAUUCUGAAGGAGGUUACAGAAACGAAGGCUAAAGAAGAGAACACAACUCCAGAACUCAAGCAAUCAAUCAAUCCCGAAGCCCCGUUAUUCUAUGCCAAGCAAGCAGUGAAUCCCGAAGCCCCUUUACUCUAUGCCAAGCAAGCAGUGAAUCCCGAAAGCCUGUUUUUUAUGCAAGACAGCAAUGAAUCCCAAGGUCCCAAGCAAGCAGUGAAUCCCGAAAGCCUGUUUUUUUAUGCCAAGCCAGCAAUGAAUCCCACCCCAAGCAAGCAGUGAAUCCCGAAGCCCCCUUAUUC